AAAAUUUUUAAAGCAAAAAUAAUAUCGGAACCGUAUAAAGGGAUACCGGGGGAUACCGGUGCUUUAACCGUUAAAAAGCCGGUUAUUUGCUUUAAAUGCGGGCAAUUAAACUAUAUUGCUGCAAUAUGCAAAAUACGAACGGAUAACCCGGAAACCCCGUUAACCCCAAUAAUUAUACAAAAGGCAAAGGGAAAAAAGCCCAAAGUACGGUGUUACGGGUGUGGGGAAUUAAACCAUAUCCGGCCGGCAUGCUUUAAAAAAAGCAAAAUAUUGCUAUUUAAUUCGAUACCGCUAUUUAACCGUUUAAGUACCGGGGUUUAA